UUUAGAGAGGAGGGCUACAUCCCGAGCAACUACGUGACUGAGAAAGAGUCCGACACGCUGGAGCAGUUCAUAUGGUUUUGUAAAAAUAUAAAUCGCAACAAAGCUGAAGAGCAGCUCAGGAAAGAGGCGAAAGACGGUGGAUUUAUGGUUAGAGUGUCCAGCAAUACAGGGACGUACACUGUGUCACUGUACACCAGGAAUACAGCGGACGGAGCAGCUACAGUCAGACAUUACCAGAUUAAAGAAACAAACGGCUCACCAAAACAGUUUUACCUGGCAGAGAAAUACAUCUUCAACAGCAUUCCUGAACUCAUAGAGUACCACAAACACAACGCCGCAGGUCUUGUUUCCAGGCUCCGUCAUCCUGUCGGCGAUCAGACAAGAGAAGCUCCUAAAACAGCAGGAUUCAGCUACGAUAAAUGGGAGAUCAACCCGCACAUCUACAGCGUCAUGAAGACGUGCUGGAUGGAGAAACCGGAUGAGCGGCCGAGCUUCACUGAGCUCUCGCUGAUGAUCACAGACGAGCUGGAGGCCGACGGACCCGCAUCGUGAGCUCUGAUUGGACGCCUGACGCUCCAAUCAGCGCUCUCCUCAUGAGCUCAUGACGGCUUCGCAACGGCUCGGGGCCACGCCACGGAUCCAGAUCUUCACCGGCCGUGCUGAAGGGCACGGGGCCCAAUGAGACGCUCCAACGCUUGGUUCCUCCUCAUAUGAACCUGUAUUUAUGACUGUGACCGAGUCAGUCUGAAUGUACGUGUGUCGAUCUGCUGUAAAGUGUCAAAUAAACCUCA